ACUUUGCCAGGCUGGUGUCCACACCACGUCUACACAACAUUUGACUGGCAGCGAAGAGCUCCGGUCUCAUUCCGCCUACUGAACCAGUCAAGCAAGGGUAGUCGAAUGGGAAUGAACGCGACGGAUGCAGAGGCCCCCGAAGGUGCCGUCAAGUACCGCCUGGUGGAGGCCGAAGAGGUGAGCGACAAGCCACAGAGUGCGCCCACUUCGCGUACCUCCAAACCCAAGCGCAAGGGCAAACUCAACUGGUCGCAGUUCCCGAUGGAAGGCGAAGACAAUGUGGUGGCUCCCGAGGGCGACAAUACCCAGGUGGACGCUGGGACUUCCUCAUCGGACGUACGGACGCGUGGAGGACAGCAACAGGGACGUCGUGGCCCCCGCAGCGGCGGACGCAUCGGAGGACGUCGUCCACAGGGAGACAGCAAUGGCACGUACGUUAAUGGCGUGUAUGUGCCCACACCCGACGUCAAGGUGACAGCCCAGUGGGCAAAGAACCAAAUUGAAUUCUACUUCACGUCGGACAAUUUGGUGCGUGAUAUUUUCCUGCGUCAGCACAUGGAUGUGGACGGAUACGUCCCUUUGGCCUUCGUGGGCAGCUUCCAGGCGGUGUACUCCGUUCACCAGGACUACGAGUCCCUACUGGAGGCCAUGAAAAACUCGGAAACAGUCGAGCUGGACGAGCAGAACGAGAAGAUCCGUCUCCGCGAUGGAUGGGAGAAGUGGGUCUGGCCUAAUGCCGAAGGAGGAUACGGUGUGCCGCGAUACAUCAAGCUCGCGGACGGUGAAGCGCCUGCGGAUGAGAAGACCGCAUAGAUACUUUCAAUAGUGGGGAGAACAGAGCAAGGAGGAGACUGUGAGCGGCAGACAAAGAGCGUCGAAGCAAUCGUGACAGGAUCCUGCGGCUGUUGUUUAUUUUGCAUAUUGGGCACAGCCGUCGGCAGCAGGGACAACCGAGAAGAAAAAGUAGACUACCAAGCAACGAUUACAUAGACACAGACCAAAAAAAAAAAUUCGUCGAAAAAACUGUCCGUGUGGCUGCCUUUCAUGUUGAAUCCUUCUCUGUUGUCAAGGGAUACAUGUAUUAAGAAUGAUUUAUAGAUGUGUUUAACUUCUACUCUGGUC